GAAAGAAUAGAGAGAAAGAAAUGGCAAGGAUGAGAAGAAACAACAAAAAAGCUGCUGAAGAUACAUGUAUCUCAGAUUACAGUAUCUCACUUGAGGAAACUUACUUGUUCUCAUAUGAGUCAAAUGAGCCGAAUAGAAUUGCUGGACGUAGCACAAGGGCUACUAAAAGUGUUACUGCUAACGAGAGUAUUGGAGGUACUAGAGUUGGUCGUGGUAAAAGGACUACCAAAUGUGAUACUGCUAAUGAGAGUAUGGGAAGUACUGGAGUUGGUCGUGGUACAAGAACUACUAAAAGUGUUACUUCUAAUGAGAGUGUUGGUGUUACUGGAAUUGGUCGUGGUAAAAGGACUACUAAAAGUGUUACUGCUAAUGAGAGUGUUGGUGUUACUGGAAUUGGUCGUGGUAAAAGGACUACUAAAAGUGUUACUGCUAAUGAGAGUGUUGGUGUUACUGGAAUUGGUCGUGGUAAAAGGACAACUAAAAGUGUUACUGCUAAUGAGAGUGUUGGUGUUACUGGAAUUGGUCAUGGUAAAAGGACUACUAAAAGUGUUACUGCUAAUGAGAGUGUUGGU